GACCGCUCUGUCAUGGCUGCCUUCUGCGGGGCGGAGGUCUGAUCUCUCCUUUGAGCCCGUAUAUCUGACCGUUCCCCCCGGACACAGCGCACAUCCAGCAUGCAGAAGAUCAAGUCUCUCAUGGCCCGACAGGGUCUGAAGAGUCCUCAGGAGAACAUGACUGACCUCAGCCCUGUGGAGAGCCUGAGGAUCCCCAGUCAGGAGGAGAUGCGAGAGCUCCGGGAGCAGCCUCUAGACCCAGCCGCAGAGCAGGAGAUCAUCGACAGCAUCGAGGAGGUCUAUUUUUCCUCUGACUCCUUCGACAUGGUCCAGUACGAGCUGGAGGUCUGUGUGUUUGAAAAGAAACUGCCCCCGGAGCUCAACCUGCAGGAGCUGGAGCAAUACAGGGACAAGCUGAAGAGGCAACAAGCCGCUGUUUCGAAGAAGGUGGCAGACCUGAUCCUGGAGAAGCAGCCGGCCUAUGUAAAGGAGCUGGAGAGGGUGACCGCUCUGCAGACCAACCUACAGCUGGCAGCAGUCAUCUGCACCAACGCCCGAAGGCAACUGGGCGGGGCUAAGGAGGGCUUCACUGAGGCCUGCCUGGGUCUGCUGGCCAAUCAGAGGAGGAGACAGCUACUGACCGGUCUACUCAAGUCCCUCAGGACCAUCAAGACUCUGCAAAGAACAGACGUGCGCCUCAGUGAGAUGCUAGAGGAGGAGGAUUAUCCAGGAGCCAUCCAGCUGUGUCUUGAGUGUCAGAAGGCCGCCAGCACCUUCAAACAUUACAGCUGCAUCAGUGAGUUGAACUCCAAACUACAGGACACGCUGGAGCAGAUAGAAGAGCAGUUGGACGUGGCCCUGUCAAAGACUUGUAAGCACUUUGAGGUGGUGCACUACACUAAAGUGCAAAGGGCGUACUCGCUGCUGGGCAAGACUCAGAUGGCUAUGGACCAGCUGCACAUGCACUUCACCCAGGCCAUCCACAACACAGUGUUCCAGGUGGUGCUGGGCUACGUGGAGCUGUGUGCUGGAAACGCUGACACCAAGUUCCAGAAGAUGCAGUACAAGGACCUGUGCACGCAUAUUACACUGGAUAGUUACAUUCCAUGUCUGACAGACCUCUGCAAGGCAUUGUGGGAAGUGAUGCUAAGCUACCACUGUACAAUGCAGUGGCACGAGGAGCAUGACAAGCAGGACAACACUCCAGGUGGCACGGCAGAGGAGUCGGAUGAGGGGGUGGACCGCUCGUAUGUGAAGAAGAAGCUGGAGCACGGGCUGACGCGGAUUUGGCAGGAUGUACAGCUGAAGGUCAAGCCCUUCAUCCUGGGAACAGACAUGUCCAGUUUUAAAUACGAUGACUUUAUAGUGGUCCUGGACAUCAUCAGCAGGCUCAUGCAGGUGGGUGAGCAGUUCUGUGACAGUAAAUCUGAGGUGCUGCAGGAGUCCAUCAAACGCCAGAGCGUCAACUACUUCAAACACUAUCACAGGGCUCGUCUGGAGGAGCUGAGGAUGUUCCUGGAAAAUGAGACAUGGGAAUUGUGUCCUGUCAAGUCAAACUUCAACAUCUCCCAACUGCACGAGUUCAAGUUCCUGGGUCAGUGCCGCUCUCCCUCCGUGUCCCCCAGCAAACAGGCCUCGUCUGGGGCUGUGCCGGGCCAGGAGCUCAGCCUGUUCCAGCUCUACCUCCAGGGAGGAAACCCCUUUGAGAUGCACAUGGAGCAGAAGGACGAGGAGAGCGAGGAUGUGCUAGCUUCUAACGGGUAUGAGUCAGACGAGCUGGAGAAGAGCGUGUACCAGGAGUAUGACAGUGACAGUGACGUCCCAGAGGAGCUGAAGCAGGACUACGUGGACGAGAAAACUGGAGAUGCCCCACUCAAGAGCAUCUCCCGGGAAACCAUCCGGAGCAAGAAGAAGUCUGACUACAACCUGAACAAAGCUAAUGUGCCCAUCCUGACCAACACCACGCUCAAUGUCAUCCGGCUGCUAGGGAAGUACAUGCAGAUGAUGAAUAUUCUGAAGCCCAUCGCGUUUGACGUCAUCCACUGUGUGUCCCAGCUCUUUGACUACUAUCUGUAUGCUGUCUACACCUUCUUCGGCUGCAAUGACACGUACGAGGCGUCAGGGCUUGGCCUGAUCAGUAGCAGACUGCGCAGCACAUUGAACCGGAUCCAGGAGAGUCUCAUUGAUAUGGAGAGCGCUGAGGGAGCAGUGGUCCAUGGGCCAUCAGAGGAGAGGAAGGAGAAGGUGCCCAGCCCUCACCUGAGCCAACUGGUGGACCUCAGCAACAGCAACGCCCUGUUCGGCCUGGCUCAGCGUGUGGUGGCCACAGAGUCUCUAGUGUUUCUGGCGGAGCAGUUUGAGGCGCUCCAGUCUCAUCUGGACUCCAUGAUGCCUCCAGCCAAGAAGCCCUUCCUGCAACAGUUCUACUCUCAGACGGUGUCCACGGCCAGUGAGCUGAGGAAGCCCAUAUACUGGAUAGUGGCAGCCAAGGCCAUUGACUAUGAGCAGAUGCUGCUGCUGAUGGCAGGAGUCAAGUGGGACAUCAGGGAGAUCAUGUCCCAGCACAAUGUCUAUGUGGAUGUGCUCCUCAAGGAGUUUGAGCAGUUCCAUCAGCGCCUGGCUGAUGUGUCCAGACAUGUGCGCAUCCCUCUGGCUGUGUCCAACGUCCUGUGGGAGCACUGCAUUCGGCUGGCCAACCGCACCCUGGUCGAAGGCUAUGCCAAUGUGAAGAAGUGCAGUAAUGAGGGGCGCGCGCUGAUGCAGUUGGACUUCCAGCAGUUUCUGAUGAAGCUGGAGAAGCUCACAGACCUGAGGCCCGUCCCUGACAAGGAGUUUGUGGAGACCUUCAUCAAAGCCUACUACCUGACCGAGGGUGACAUGGAGCAGUUCAUCAAGAACCACAGGGAGUACUCCAUGAAGCAGCUGGCUAACCUGGUGAACGUGUGCCUGGGCUCACACAUCAACAAGAAGGCCCGGCAGAAACUCCUCGCAGCCAUCGACGACAUCGACCGCCCUAAGAGAUAAAGAUCGAAGGAGAUGAGGGGGGAAAGAAGGAGGGACACUGAGGAACCUUCUCUGGACCUGCACACUCCCAAAGUCUUCUGCUCAUCUUCUCGUGGUCCUUCUGGGAUGUCCCUCUCUAGACUGUCCAAAAGAUUAAGUGGACUCACAUGGAGCCUAACUGGAGAGCAGCACCGGCAUCCCUGUAUGAGGACUCAUUUACCACACAUUUGAAUGGUCUCCAUGGCAACACUCCAAACAUGAGCAGAUCUGAAGAAUCGAGCCAUCCCAUAAUAAUACUGAACAAGGCUAUAGAGCUUGGGAUUUAUUACAUUUAAUACAUUAGCCACAACAAUAUAAAACAAUAUAAAUGUAAAAAGGUCACUGCUGGUAAAACAGUUACACCAGAGGGUCAACAUACUUUUGAAUGAAUAAAUGAGUGGAUCUAAAGUUACUUGUUAAUUAUUAUUAGCUUAUUAUUUGACCACUUUGGACCCCUGAAAACCAUUUGAAGUGAACCAGUUUUGUUUUCCAUGACAAGUAAAGUCACUGCAGGCUGAGGUUUUUUCUCCCCAGCUCUAAAGCUGUCGCCUCAUCAAAGGAGAAGGAUUCAGCUUGAGUCGAACUCAUCAGAAACAAACUUGCAGUUGGGGCUGCACAAUUUAAAAAAAAAAAAAAGUCUCUUUGAUUUCUCAAGUACGUAAUUUAAUUGUGAUUUUAUUUGCUGUUAAUGUUUUUGUAAUCAGGAUUCACAUUUUAAACCCAUCCAGAAUCGUCAACAUUUGAGAACUUGUUUGCAGGAGUCUAAAAUUCAACUACAGGGUUAGCAGCUGUUUUUCUUUUUACAUUAGGGAACAUUUUAUCAAAGCAACUGUAUGUAGGGUUAAGUCUUAGUUUUUUUCCUACAAUCACAAUUGCACCUGGGUUGCCAGAGCCUUAACGUGCAGAUAGAGGACACAGACAAGUUUUUGGCCAGUCUUCAUGUGAAAGUUCAGAAUCUCCAGAAUGCCCUCCCUGAGCUGCAGAGGCUGCACUAGCGCUGACUCAGGCUGGUGCAGGUGCUUGGGUUUAGGUAGAGACCAUUCAAAUCAGAGAGAGGACUUUUAGGUUUAAACACACUGGAUUUCAGCAUUGAACCUGGCAACCCAAUUGAGAGACUCAUGUGAGGCUCAUCCUGCUUUCUGAUUGGAGAAUCAUCUUGAAAACACCAAAUUCUAACAGUCCAAUGAGAUUCAUUUGGUCUUCCAAUAUUCUAUGUUAUUAGGUUCUUUUUUUCAGACCUAGAGUGUUAUUUCAUACCUGAC